AUGUCGUUCUCUACUGACGGAGGCCAGGAGGCGGGGUACGAACUGGAGGCAGCUCGUGAGGAGCGAGGGAUCGGCAAAUGUCCAUACUCGCCAACCCACAACAGCACCAGCACGUAUGCGGAUGGUCACCUCUACUCGGGAACUGCGGCGGACUUCUCCGGCCAGGACCCGCUCAUCCUACGGGACCGGCUGAGGACAGACAAAUGGGACACCCUUUCACUGGACGAUCCUGACUUUGUGAGCUCGUUUGCGCUCGGCGAACACGUCUACUUCUUUUUCCGCGAGACUGCCGUGGAGUACAUCAACUGUGGAAAGAGAGUAUACUCACGUGUAGCCCGCGUGUGUAAGAACGACAUGGGUGGCCCACGCCGGUUCAAGCUCACGUGGACAUCGUUCGUGAAGACGAGGCUCAACUGCUCUGUCAGUGGCGACUUUCCCUUCUACUUUGACGAAAUCCAGGCCACGUCGGACGUCGUGGAGGGCAGCUACGGCGGCGUCAAGGACAACCGCCUCAUCUACGGCGUGUUUAGCACUCCGCCGAACGCCAUCGGCGGCUCUGCCGUCUGCGCGUUCCGGCUACAGAGAGUGCUGGAUGCGUUCUCUGGGCAGUUCAAAGAGCGAGCCGACCUCAACUCCAACUGGCUGCCAGUGCCGCAGAACAAGGUGCCACCGCUGCGCCCGGGUCAGUGCUCCAACAGCAGCAAGACGCUGCCGGAUGCCACGCUGAACUUCAUCAAAGGACACCCGCUGAUGGACGAGGCUGUGGCGGCGCUGUUCGGGGGACCGAUCCUCACCAGGACCAGCCUCAGCUACCGUUUCUCUGCCAUCACGGUCGACCCGCGGGUACGUCUGGUGGGUGAUGGAACCGACAAGAGUCCCAAGUUUGUGGACGUGCUGUUUGUCGGAACAGACAACGGACGUAUCAUCAAGGUGUUCAAUGCACACCACAAGACGCUGGCCCCGGUGGUUAUUGAAGAGAUCCAGGCAUUCUCAACGCAUGAUGCAGUCAAAGGCCUGCACAUCAGCCGGACCACGGAGACGCGUCUAGUGGCCUCGUCCGACUCUCAGAUCAUCAGUCUGCCCGUCCAGCGCUGCUACUCCACUAAAAUCACCGUCUGCGGGGAGUGUGUGGCCCUACAGGACCCCUACUGCGCCUGGCACCUGAGGAGGAAGCGAUGUGUGCCCGUCGACUUUGAGCGACUCUCCGCUUCCGAGCUGGUGCAAAAUGUCCGAGAAGGAGUGUCCCGUCACUGUCCCGAAGGUGUGACCAAAGCUGGCCAGUACGGCCGGAACAUGGACAGCCUGGACAGCAGCGGGCCGGCGUUUGGAGCCGAUCAGCCCCUCUCCUUCCAGUCUGAGCGGGGACCCAGGAGACACGAGAGACCCAUGUCAGGAGACAAGGGAGACGCAGGAAACGAUGGCAGGCCGAGCGUUUCGGGCCCGGUGGCCGCUGACGACCUUUUCACUGCCGAAACGCUGGCAGUGGCGGUGGCCAUCACAGCAAUCGUCGCCCUUUUACUCGGGUUCGCAGCCGGCCACUGUUGUGCGCGCCGAUGUCGAAAGGAUGACGCGAAUAUGCCGUAUGCCGACACCGAUUAUACGUACUUCGAUCAGAGGCAGAACGUCAACACCAGGCUGGCGCCGGACCCGACUCUGCUGGCGGAGGAGGUCACCUAUUCCGAACCCGUGCUCAUACCCACCAAUAGUAUGGCGGGAGGGACUCUGAAAAAGAAUCAGACGGACGGGACGCUCGAGCCGCUGCGGUACACGCCCGCGUGCGCAGCCCAGUACGGUGGCCAGCUGGUACCACUGAGAGAGGACCCGUACAGCACGGGCACCCAUCGGCAGCUACGGAGUCGGCCCCUGCGCCUUGACGAUCACUCAGAAAUGCUCGACGAGCCGUCGUACAGACGGGACGGCGCCGUACGCCACGAUCCGCCCCUCAGCGACGGCUACGCGACCACACGCAGCGUCCGCAGGGUUUACCUGUAGGUGGCAGCAGCAUCGCGGCAAUAGGUGGCAGCAGUGUCGCACCGAUAGGUGGCAGCACGCCCUCUCAGCGGACUAUGGCCGACAGAGCGGUGCGUUUGAAUAGUGGGACGCUACGAGCGCCGGUUUGUGUUACAGAGGAGCUGUUUAGAGCUGAGGAGAUGUGCUUUAGUCGAUGGUGCCACAGUCUCAGCAGAGACCCGUGAGUCCCGCCUCCCGGCUCAGCUGAUAAACAGUUCAGUGCGGACAACCGAUGUGGUAGACUACCCGUGAGUGAGUGUUGCUCUUCUUGAUCUCAGCAAGCGCGGCCAGCAAGCCGGAGCGAUCGGCGGCGACACACGCACCGCCUAGCGGCCAGUUGGACAACUUGAAGUGCCAAGACGCACACUAGAUGGGCUGACAGUGGUAGCUGUGGCAGGCAGUAGGUACUAGAGUGAAGCCAUGGUGUUGUGCCGCCAUUUUGUCCUGCGUACAGUCGCACCGACGAAUGCAAGCUCCAUAUGAGACUCGAGUUACUUUGUACAUACCCUUGAGCACAGUCGCGUGGAGGUGAUAGAAUUUGAUAGCAAUCGUGCAAAAGCUGUCCGACUCAGCAGCUGGAAGCUGUUGCCCGAAUCUCGUGCUCUAGACGCCGUUGUCAAUCACGGUAUUCUGCUGUACAUACCACUCUUGCCUGUUUCAAUUUGUUUGUAUCCAGUAUUUUUAUUUGGUCGUUUUGAAGAAACGUUCCGAAAUGUUUCUUUUAUCAACGCUCGGCAAGUACAAAGUUGCUUAUUGGCUGGCGUGCGAGGAUCAUGUGUGCAAUUAGCGUUUUCAUUCCCGUGCUUUUUACCGUUCUGUUUUCCCUAUUUUGCUCUAUCGAUUGGAGCUAAAACCCCAGUUUUUUAUUUUAUACCUACUCAAGUAUUGUUGUUCAGGUGACAUAUCAUGUUAUAUGAUUGAAUUUCGAUUUGUGACUUCUAGCAUGCGUGAACUUCGUCUAAACUCUGCUUUUGUUUUGUGGUUGAGCGCAAGUGCGAACAGCUACAAGCACUUGAUGGUCUUGAAGUGUCAUUGUUUCAUGCUAUUUUACCAGCCUGUUUUUUUUUUCGCAUCGACUGCUGAUCAUGUUCAGGCUCACCGAGUUAGCCGUGCUAGAUUGAAAACUGGAGUGACUGCAUUUGUUCAUAUGUUACGUUAGCCGUUCAGCCGGCUAUAUGCAACAAAUUAUCAUUUAUUUUGAAUCAAAUGUACCAUACCAUUUUCCUCCUCACUUCCCAGGUUUACACCGAAACACACGUCACCCUACUCCACCGCCACAUUUUGCAAAGAUUAUAGACACAUUUUAUCUACAUUCCCAACGAUAAUUUUGUUUGUUACACCCUUUUUCUUUCCCCUUCCCGCCUCCGGUCAGACACCCUGAGUCUUCCAGACCGGUACCCUUCCCCUCUCUCUCCUUCUCCCCCCAGCGAUAGGUCCCCGUGUCUGUCUUGUCAGCUGUGAUAUAACCGUUGGUAUUGUGCUGGUGCAUUGUGGUACAGUGAGUGAGCGUGGGUACGGCGGGUACAGUCGUACCCGGCACGUUAUGGUACCGGUCCAUAAGCUGCGCGUCAGGCGCCGCCUUGGCUGCAUUUGCAUUUGAUGACAUACUUGCCUAGUGAUACAAUAUAUACAGAUAUACA